UCCAGAUCAGAUGGUCAACAAUCAAAUGGUUCGCGCCAGAACUCAACAAAAUCUGCAUUCACGAAGACGUAUCUAGGCACAAACAAACUGCCUAACUAUUUUGGUUAUCCGACCAAUGCCGUUUCCGGUGUGGCUUUGAACAAAUCCAGCCAAAUCGAAUUUGGUUCAACGCAGAACGGCAUGUCUAGUCGUUGGACCGCUCCAAAACCCACCCAAACCGCCUUCCGUCCUUCCGCAUAUCCCAACACAUCCUCCUACAUGUACGAUCAAGGCUCAGGCAACUUGUCUUUCGAGUCCACCGAUUUCAGUACGAUAUUAGGCUCGACGGAUCAAGCUCUAGUGCGUAGUCGAGCGAGUGGUCUGAUCGAACAGCUGUUAUGUUCCGAUCACCCAAUGGGUUCGAUGUUGGGAAACGGGAAACCCGCACCACCAGUCUCGUCGUCACAAAGCGCUGCUGCAGCAGCUGCCUACUUGCCUAACGCAUUUGUGGCGUCCAAUCCACUUGUUUCCUCUAUGUCUACGACCAACGGGGCACACCCAAUGUCUGUUGAUACCGGGCACAGUUUUUCACAUGACUCGCUCAUGCUUCACUCAUCUGCAGUUGAUCUUCGACCGCACGCGGGCUCUUUACUGUCUGACGGAUCUAAUGAUAACCGAACGGGGCAUAUACAACACGCGCUUACGCAUCAGCAGUUGCAACAGCAGCACCACCAUCACCUUCGACCUGUCUCUAUGCAAGGUUGUUCUGCCGGUACGGAUAUCAUGACUGGUUCGGUGUUUUCGGCCUCGUGGAAUCCCUACUUACCCCAGUUUCACUUGCCAUCAUCUACUGGUCAUGGGACAACAAUGAGCGAGACUGGGCACAAUAUGAGCUAUUCUGCUUUUAACGGAAAUGGAUCGUUCCAUCCUCUUUCCGACUCGCAGCAGUUAUCUGUCACUAAAGCCAAAUAUGAAUCAAUUGAGUCAAUGGCUUCUAGCAACCACAACGGGAGCUCUCAGCACCAACGUCUCCCUUUCCUUUCUGGUCCCCAUUCAGUGUCCGAUUCAUCUCCCACAAGUAGCGCAAAUGGUGCAUCUGUGACCACGUGGCGCCACUCGCUUGGCAUAGAUUCAACACAACACACGGAUCCACACCGGCUAGGGUCAUUACCGCCAACUAGUAGUGGACCGUUAACCCCACUACCCCCAGCAGGUUCACCGGGUUCUGUGCAGAGCACCAACACGGGGCACGAGAGCCGUUCUCUUGGUCCACCAGUUACACCACCCAGCUCAUUGUACUAUUCGCCAAUGCGGCAAUCCCUGUCGAGCAUGUAUGGCAGUUCUGAGUGUGCUUUAGAUACCCCGCCCUAUCAGCAGCAGCAACAAACAAGUCAGUCACUGAAAUCGGAACCAUUAGAUUUGAUGGACACAUCCGGCAGCAUAACAGCAUCAGUGGUAGCAGUGGCUACAACUGUGGCCUCCAGUGCCGGAACUACCGACUAUGAUACUUCAUCGCAGACGAGUUCAGCUACUCGCCAUUCAGCCUAUACCGCUAGUUGCGGUGGUGGUGGAGUCAGCCUACGUACCCGUUCCGAUGCUGAUGCAGAUUCCGAGAUGAGUGCACGAUUUGCUGACGCUUAUUCGUACGAUGAUGAUUGUGAACCACUGGAAUUGGAGCUUAGCCUGGAACUUGCUGAUCGAAUUGUAGGCUCAACAAGGUCGAAUUCGAAACCAUAA